UUUCCAAAAUCUUCUGCUUGGCUGGGCCCUAGGGUUGCUCCAAUUCAACCAUAAAUAGCGACCCGCCACGCUUCGUUCCUUCCCUUUUCUCUUCCCUUCUUCCCUCCGGUUCACUUUUUAGUUACGAUUUUAGUAAGCGAUUGAGUGAGUGAGCCCUAGCCAUUUAGACAUUAGCCAGCAAUAAUGUUCCUCUCAGAAGAAGCGGCCCAGUGCCAAUACGGUCCGGUUUUUGAAGCCGGUGAAAUAGAGGAGCUCUGGUCCCUGCUUCAACCGGGGACCAACUCCGGUUCAGAGGGUUCGAGCCGAGCAGUUUACUCGGUGGACGAGCGAAAGCUUAGGCGCAUGAUAUCUAACCGCGAGUCGGCUCGGCGGUCACGCUGGCGAAAGAAGAGACACUUAGAGGAGCUGACUGAACAGGUGAACCAGCUGAAAGCAGAGAACCGGGACCUCAAGAACCGGUUGGGACAUAUGGCCCAACAGUGUCACGUUGCAUGGACAGAAAAUGACAGAUUAAGUUCAGAAUUCUUGGCCCUGCAGUCUAGACUUUCGGAUCUAUGCCGGAUUUUGGUUGCCAUGCAAUCAUAAUAAC